ACACACAUAUGUUGAUCGCCAAAUGGCAGUGAAAGUGAAAUGUGAUGUGACAAGUGGCUAAAAAACACCUGAUUCGGCUAACUGGAGCAUGAAGACCAACAAAUACAUCUCCAGAAACACAUAUAUGUGUUAGCAGAGCUGGAAAUCGCCACUGAUGAUGCUUCCCAAAUAAAUGAAGCGAAACGCGUAUGGCAACAAACAAACUGCCUUCAUUUAGUUGCAUAGACGGCACAUACCUCCACGAAUUUAAAGCAACUAAAGGAUAAGACGGAAAACAGUAAAAAUGACGAUAAUACUGCCAUGUCAGGCAUUUCCCGUCAAAUUAUACAACAGUUUCAAGAAUAUCCAUCUCAGACUCCACAAGACCAUCCAACACAUUAAAUACAAUCAAACCUGUAAAAUAAAUAAUGUAAUUCCGAGCUAUAUUAAUGUAAAGGUCAGAAACAACUCUUUUGUAGCACAAAAAACGAAAUCAUUUGCAGAAAAGACUUGGUUAGAAAAUGAAAUCAAAUCGCUUUACACUAAGAAACUCGUGCUCAAUAGGAUGUUAUAUGAUUUACAUCUUGAGUUAUCAGCUUUUAUUAACAACCCAACAGUGAUGAUCAACAUAAUACAAAAAAUUGAACACAUCACAGCAAGAACACUGCAAUACACACACAACAUACAUGAACGAAAAAUCAAAACACUCACUAGUAAAAAUAACCAUAGAGGAAAGUAUGACAAAGUGCAACACACCCAUCAGCACAAAUUUCACCCAAAAUUAAUAAAUCUCACAGACAUAGAAUUAACUGAGAAAGAAACACAGCUAUUAGAGAAAGGACUCAAACACAACAUCAGCACAAAAAUAGAUAACCACUACAUAGAAAAUUUGAUUGUAGAAACAGAAAGCAUCCUGACACAGGAAGAGAAAAAUAAAAAUAACACUAUAAAUAUUGGACUAACACGAGAACUAGUGAAGAAAGAAAUAAAUAACAUAAUCACCAUGUCAAAGAAAGAGCAAAACAGUAAACUUCAAACAGAAAAAAACACCACUAAGAAAUUAAAAGAAAAACUGCAAGCUAACAACAUCAUAGUCACAAGAGCUGACAAAGGGAACAGCACAGUACUGAUCAAUAAUGAACAAUAUAUAGAAAAAACUAUGGAUUUCAUCUCUUCUAACAAUAUCACAAAACUAAAAUCUGAUCCAACAGCACGCUUCCAGACAUACAUAAAAAACAACCUCAGAGAGAUCAGACACAUACUUACAGAUAAACAAAAACAACAUAUCACACAGAAGAACCCAAAAGCACCAACACUCAGAAGCCAACCCAAGGUCCACAAACCCCACAUUCCAUUGAGGCCUGUUAUUAAUUUCAUGAAGGCACCAUCAUACCAUGUGGCAAAACACAUGAAUAUAAUCAUAAUGCAACACUAUGAAAUGAAAAACAGCAGAACAGUGAAAAACACAAAUGAACUCAUAACACAUAUAAAAGACUUACACAUCCCACAAACAGCAUCACUCAUCUCUUUUGACAUAGAGAACAUGUACACCUCAAUACCCACUGCAGACACAAUAAAACUAAUUGAAGAAAACUUAUUAACACACAACAAACUACCUGUAGACAAUAUUAAUGAAAUAACAAAAACCCUCAAAUUAAUCACAUCCCAAAAUUACUUCCAAUUUGAAAAGGAAUUUUACUUACAAGAAGAUGGGCUCCCAAUGGGAUCCCCAAUUUCAGCAACACUAGCAAACAUAUUCAUCAACUACAUAGAAAACACAAUCUUCGAUACAGUCAUCAGAAAGAAAGGAUACAAAAUUGUUUACUGGUACAGAUACGUAGAUGACAUAAUCUGUAUGGUAGAUGAACCAACAGAGAAAAUUGAUAAACUUCAUACAGAUAUAAACAACAUACAUAAAAAUAUUCAAUUUACCAUAGAAAAAGAAACACAAAAGCAAAUACAUUUCUUGGAUAUAACAAUAAAGAGAGAGAACAAUAAACACACAUUUGACAUCUUCAGAAAGCCUACAGCCACAGACAUAAUCAUACAUGCUUCAUCCAACCACCCACAAAAUCACAAAUUAGCAGCCCUACGACACAUGUUACACAGGCUAAAUAACAUCCCACUCAGCAAAGAAAAUUAUGAAAAAGAGUUACAAACAAUACAACUGAUAGCCACUAACAAUGGUUACAGCACCCAUAUAGUACAAAAACUCAAUGAAAAAAUUAAAACACAACUAAAGAAAAAUGAAAACAAGCAGAGAUUACAGAACCCCACAAACACUACAGCACACACAGAAACACAAAACAAUAACACUCAUGACAUGAAUAACAGAAAAAAAUGGUAUACUCUCACAUACAAACACAAAACAACACACAAGAUAGCAAAUAUAUUAAAGAAACAGGGAUUACAAAUAGCUUACAGAACAAGAAACACACUCCAAUCACAUUUACAAACAACAGAAAAACCAGACAAAUACCAAGGAGCAGGUAUAUACCAGCUGGAGUGCCAAGAAUGUAAAGCAGUAUAUCUGGGGAUGACAAGCAGGAACUUUAAAACUAGGUAUAAAGAACAUAUAAGAAGUUGGAAAUAUGAGAACAGUCAUUCUACCUUUGCCGAACACCUGAUAAAACAUGGACAUGAACCAUCCAACAUGGAAUGUGACAUGACAGUUAUCAGAGUGAAUAAUCACAACAAAAACCUCCUGACAUUGCAAGAAAACUUCCACAUACAAAGAGCCAUUGCAAUGGAAAAGAAGGUACUCAAUGACCAAAUCCAUAUAAACAAUAACUCGCUGAUCAUGCUAGCCACCAAAACAACAACAAACUGAAGUGCAACCAGGAUAAAUAAUUAAUGAAUAUCCUUCCCCUCUUCUCUCUCUCUCUCCCUCCUACCCCCCCCCCCCCCCAUACACACACACAUACUCACAAACACAUGAAUCCACAGAAAAAAAAAGAUUGCACACACACACACACAGACAUACAACAAAUGAAAACCACAAAACACAACAGAAACAAAAGACAAACACAUAACAACAGUUGGCAACACUACACACUGCAAACACACAUAUGUUGAUCGCCAAAUGGCAGUGAAAGUGAAAUGUGAUGUGACAAGUGGCUAAAAAACACCUGAUUCGGCUAACUGGAGCAUGAAGACCAACAAAUACAUCUCCAGAAACACAUAUAUG